UCCCCUUUCCUUAAGUUACAGGGAUAGUAAGUUGCCGUACUCGGGAGCACAUGCAGAUGUCAGUUUUGCCCCUGCCGCCCGCUCCGCUCCGCGCUCUCCGCCGGGAAGCCGCCGCCCGCUCCCCGCGCUCCGGGGCAGCGCUGACGAGGUUUCUCCAGUAACUCCCACUGAAAAGAGUCCUUCACUUUUCUGAAGGAAUACUGACAGAAAUUAAUUAUAAAAGAAAGCUUUUGGCAAGAUAAAUGACUAAAGGUAACGGAGAAGAUCCAAAACCUGGAAGUAGGAUGGAACGAAUUCAACAAGGAGUCCGGAAACGUACACUUUUGGCAAAAAAAAAAGUGCAGAGCAUAACAAAGGACGAUGUUAAAAGUUAUUUAAUGAGGAAUGCCUUUGUGCUCUUCACCGUUGUUGCUGUGAUUCUUGGUGUAAUCCUGGGAUUUUCUCUUCGAUCAUAUAAGAUGAGCUAUCGGGAAGUGAAGUACUUUUCGUUUCCAGGAGAACUACUCAUGAGAAUGCUGCAGAUGCUGGUCCUGCCACUAAUUGUAUCCAGUUUAGUCACAGGAAUUGCUGCUCUGGAUAGUAAAGCCUCAGGGAAGAUGGGAGUCCGAGCAGUAGUCUACUACAUGAGCACUACAAUCAUUGCUGUACUGAUUGGCAUAAUCAUUGUGGUCAUCAUCCACCCUGGGAAAGGUACGAAGGAAAACAUGCACAGAGAAGGCAAAAUUGUGCAAGUGACAGCAGCAGAUGCCUUUCUUGAUUUAAUCAGAAAUAUGUUCCCUCCAAAUCUGGUGGAAGCUUGCUUUAAACAGUUCAAAACCAACUACGAAAAGAGAAAGUUUAAAGUAGCUAUUCCAUCCAAUGACACAUCCACAGUGACUUCCAUAAUAAGCAACGUGUCAGAAGCAAUGGAAGCUCUCACCCGAAUGAGAGAGGAAAUCGUUCCUGUUCCAGGUUCCGUGAAUGGAGUGAAUGCCCUUGGCUUGGUGGUGUUCUCAAUAAGCUUUGGCCUGGUGAUUGGGAGCAUGAGGGAGCAAGGUCAGGCGUUGAAAGACUUCUUUGAUAGCCUUAAUGAGGCUAUCAUGAGAUUGGUAGCUCUAAUCAUGUGGUAUGCUCCACUUGGAAUUCUCUUCUUGAUUGCUGGGAAAAUUGUUGAGAUGGAAGAUAUGGGUGUGAUUGGUGGUCAGCUUGCCAUGUACACUGUAACAGUUAUCAUUGGCUUGCUAAUUCAUGCUGUCAUUGUCCUACCUCUUCUCUACUUCGUGAUCACUCGUAAGAAUCCAUGGGUAUUUAUUGGAGGCUUAAUCCAGGCGUUAGUCACAGCUUUGGGAACAUCUUCCAGUUCUGCAACACUACCUGUUACAUUUAAAUGUCUAGAAGAAAUAAAUGGAGUGGACAAACGAGUUACAAGAUUUGUACUCCCAGUUGGUGCUACAAUUAAUAUGGAUGGAACUGCUUUAUAUGAGGCUUUGGCUGCAAUUUUCAUUGCACAGGUCAACAACUUUGAUCUGAACUUUGGGCAGAUUAUCACAAUCAGCAUCACUGCUACAGCUGCCAGUAUUGGGGCUGCAGGCAUUCCUCAAGCUGGACUGGUCACCAUGGUCAUUGUUCUCACAUCAGUAGGUUUGCCUACAGAUGAUAUCACUCUUAUCAUCGCAGUGGACUGGUUCUUGGAUCGUCUUCGUACCACUACCAACGUCUUGGGAGACUCCAUUGGAGCAGGAAUUGUUGAACAUUUAUCACGGCAUGAGCUGAAGAACAGGGAUGCUGAGAUGGGUAAUUCCGUGAUAGAGGAGAACGAAAUGAAGAAACCAUACCAACUGAUCUCGCAAGAAAAUGAGAAUGAGAAACCAAUAGAUAGUGAAACCAAGAUGUAGGCUAGAGAAAGCGUGAGUUCAACACUACAGGUGUGGGAAAACACACACUUUUUCCAGCGAUUUAUAUCUUGAAUUCACCAACUUCAUCUAUUCCUUGAUUUCUCCCUUUAAACUCGCACUGGAAAGAAUUAAUGAAAAUAUACUCCAAACUAGCAGCGAUCAUGGUAUAUGUUGGCUUCCCACUUAAAAAAAAAUUAACAGGCAACAACACUGGUCCUGCUAGACAUAUGCUAACUGGGGAUAAAAAAAGAGAUUGUGUAUAUGUUACUCAGUCCUGUGAAUCUUUUUUUUUCUUUUUUUUUUUUUUUUUUUGUAUGAACUGGAAAGUAAAAACAGAUAACAGAGCCUGAAAAUGGUUUUAUUUUUUUAAAUACCUGUUGCAAAAUUCCUAACAUCUAUAAACACACAAUCAACACUCCUAACUUGAUAACUGCAUCCAGCUAAGUAAAUUAACAGGACUUUUGCUAUUUUAUCUGAUUUUUUUUUUUCUCUAGUGUUAUAUUGUUCAAAUAGUAGCAGGAAAAUAAAAAGCAGGAGAUUAUUUGAGGGGAUAAAAAGGGGGAAGAUAUAUAAAUAAAGAAAAGAAAAUACCCCCAAAUCAGCACUUUUACCAGCUGAGAUGAAAUAUUUCUGAGAAAGUUAUUUUAUUUAGACAGUUUUUUGAAUUAGAUUCAGCUGAUCUUUAUAAAAAUUUAGCCUAGUUGGCUCCCACUGACUCACAAGCAUUUACAUAUGCAUGCAUGUACUUCCAAUCUGGAUUUGCUCCCUAAAUUUCAACAUCACAACCCAGUUAAACAAUCUCUGUGUGUGUUUGUAGGAGCAAGGCCCUGGUCUGGGACAGAAAAUAUGUCUUCAUCUCUGGAUGAAAAAAUUUGCACGCUCUGGAUGCACUAAUGAGCUACUUAAUAAGCAAUUAUAAGAAGGCAAUGCCAGCCUUCUACAGAAGGUGCAGAGGGUGAGAUGUUCAGCUCCUAAAUGGGCUGCAUUAUGAAUCUGAAUCCCUGAGACCAGUAGAGGUUUUCUGACUGGAAACAUCCCAAAUUCUUGAUCCACUAAUAAAUUAUAGAGGUAUGAACUGGAUUUACAUUUUGGCAUCUGGUGGAGGCUCCCUGUCUUAAUGUGAAUUUUUUAAUUCCUAGAGAGUUUACCAGCAGCACCUGAAAAAGAAGAUAAAAGCCCUUAGAAAAUAAAAUUGAUGGAUACUUUUGUAUUUUUAUUAGGAAAAUAUAUGCAAAUUGAAAAAUAAUAAAUACGAUAAUAUAUGUUGAAAUUUUAAUUAGAAAGGAUUUUUAAAAUGAAAUAUUGUAGGUAAUUUUCAGGGAAUAGAUAAGGAAAAAAUGAAAAAAAAAAAUAAGAAAACAAUGCACUUGUAAUAUAGUGGCUUUUUUGCUCAAGAUUAUUCCCUGAAAAGUCCUUUUCUAGAAAUAUAAAUUAUGUACUUUACCCUUUUUGCCUUGCAUUAUUAGAGAGUUUAAACCAGAAAGUUUUAUAAUGCAGAUGCAGUUGGGAGCAAGAAAAACAAUUAAUGGACAAGCACAAUAAUUUUCAAUUAUCUAUUUUAUGGAAGUAUUCAGCUUUCUUCUUUAUUUGUCUCCUUGCUAAAAUAAUUCUGAUGACAGAAAUGAAGGAUCCCCUUGCAUUGUCCCAGCUGCCAUUCAAAAACAUUCAAUAGGUUGCAUUUGUCUUUUAAAGUCCAUCAAUAAGAUGUACAAGUAACUGUAAUGAAAAUGUUAGCAUGCGGGUCAAAGGCAAACCUUUUCCCAGGCAAGAUUGGUUUUUGGGACUGAAAAUUCCUGUCAAUCUUCUCCAGUUGAGUAAUUCAGAAAAUAUGAGCAAGAACUCUCAACCGAAUGAAGUGAGCAGGGUUUAAUAUAGGUUACUGAGCAUCAAACCAAGAAAUGUUUAAAUGAAUCUCUAAAUGAAUGACUGAAAGAAAACAUGGGUUGUUUUUUUUCCAUUUCUGGUUUUGUUUUGGUUUUUGUUUUUUUCUUUUUUUUUUUGCUAACAGAAUGCAAAUCUAGGAUACAGACAGGCAUUUUCUGAUAAAUAAUUAGAGAUAUUUUUAUAUAGAUACUGUAUUCAGAAUGUGUGUAUAAACAUUAACUGUAGAAUUUAUGGCAUAACAUUUUAAAUUUUUGUUAAGAUUUUGUUUGGAAAUACAUUGCAAAGACAAUGUAAAAGGCUGUCUUUCUAUGACAUCAGCUGAGAAAAAUGAAAUGUGUCACAAAGAAUGUGAUCUUUUCUAUACUAACGUUGUUUCUUGUGGAAAUCAGGCAUUAUAGAAAGAUUCCCUUCCCCAUCCCUCACUGGUUCUGCAUUGGUAUGCACCCAGAGUGGAUUGAGAAACAUUACUUUGUAGAUGUAUUUUCAAUAAAAAUAGUUUUACAUUA